GAUCCUCCAUCCGAUCCUCCCCUUCCUCCCGGAGCCCUUUUGAAGAGGCUUUUCCCAACUUUCCAGAAGUUUCUUCCCGACCCCUUAUAUACCCGUGUCCCUAGGACCGGGAGGUGCACCCGGAGCCGAGCAGGGCAGCGCCCCAACCCCAGGUCCUCAGAGGCAUCGGGUGCUGCUGAAGCCAUGUGGAUUAUCCUGGUCCUUGCUCUGUGCAGCCUCACUGCUGCUGUGCCCUCGGAGGACAGGAAGCUGAGUGACAAGGCAACAACCCUGGCUGACCGCAGCACAACACUGGCCUUCAACCUCUACCAUGCCAUGGCGAAGGACAAGAACAUGGAGAACAUCCUCCUGUCCCCCGUGGUCGUGGCCUCUUCCCUCGGCCUCGUGUCCCUUGGAGGCAAGGCCACGACUGCAUCCCAAGCCAAGGCGGUGCUCAGUGCUGACAAGCUCAACGAUGACUAUGUCCACAGCGGGUUAUCCGAGCUCCUGAACGAGGUGAGCAACAGCACAGCCCGGAAUGUCACCUGGAAGAUUGGGAACCGCUUGUAUGGCCCAGCCUCCAUCAACUUUGCGGAUGACUUUGUGAAGAGCAGCAAGAAACACUACAACUAUGAGCACUCCAAGAUCAACUUCCGAGACAAGAGGAGUGCCCUGAAGUCCAUUAAUGAAUGGGCAGCUCAGACCACGGAUGGGAAGCUCCCAGAGGUCACAAAGGAUGUGGAGAAGACUGAUGGAGCCCUCAUUGUCAAUGCCAUGUUCUUCAAGCCUCACUGGGAUGAGAAGUUCCACCAUAAGAUGGUGGACAACCGUGGCUUCAUGGUAUCCCGUUCCUACACCGUUGGGGUCCCCAUGAUGCACCGUACAGGUUUCUACAACUACUAUGAUGAUGAGACAGAGAAGCUCCAGGUGGUGGAGAUGCCACUUGCUCACAAGCUCUCCAGCAUGAUCUUCAUCAUGCCAAACCAUGUGGAGCCUCUGGAGAGGGUUGAGAAGCUGCUGACCAGGGAGCAGCUGAAGACCUGGGCUGGCAAGAUGAAGAAGAGAUCAGUGGCCAUCUCCCUGCCUAAAGUUGUCCUGGAAGUCAGCCACGACCUUCAGAAACACUUGGCUGAUCUGGGUCUGACAGAAGCCAUUGACAAAACCAAGGCUGACCUGUCCAAGAUCUCUGGCAAGAAAGACCUUUACCUGUCCAAUGUCUUCCAUGCUGCUGCUCUGGAAUGGGACACGGAAGGGAACCCGUAUGAUGCUGACAUCUACGGCCGAGAGGAGAUGAGGAACCCCAAGCUCUUCUAUGCUGACCACCCCUUCAUCUUCAUGAUCAAGGACAGUAAAACCAACUCCAUCCUCUUCAUUGGCAGGCUCGUGAGGCCCAAAGGAGAGAAGAUGCGUGAUGAGUUGUAGUUGGGCUUGAGGUUGGGUUUAGCCCCAAGAGCUUUGGUUUGUGUGUUUUUUAGUGGGGGGAUCUCAAACAAGGGGAAACACUAUUUUGUAUCCUUCUGGAACUAUGGGUGCUAUUCAGACCAGGGUGCGUUGUGAUGAGAAACCAGCAUACACUUUACCUCACCCCAAUAUACCUAUUGCACAAACCCACCUCCAGAGAGGAGCCUGGCACAAGAGAGUUACCAGGAGUGGAGCAUGCACCAUCCCAGCUGCCAUGUUCAGGCUGAUGCCUACCUCCUCCUUGCAUUAGUUAAGCCUCCUCCUAAGUACUUUGCUGCUCUACAAAGGCACAAGCCCUUCAUGCUUCCAUCUCAAAUGCUUCUGCACAUUGAGCUCUGCUGCUUGCUUUCCUCCUCCUUUGCUAUGUGGCACCACACUAGAGCUGCUCAGGUUGCUCUGCACUUGUUCCUUGCUUAUCUCUUCUAUCCUCAAUAGUAUAUAACAAAGCACAAAGGGGCAGUUCUAAGGUCCAGCCUCUUCUAUGGUCCUGGGAGCUGAGCAGGACUGUGACACCAUGUAAGAAUGGGGACUGCAUGGAGUUGUGCCUUUCUGUCCUGCCUAACUCUGCUCUGGAUUGCUCCAGCCUGCAAUAAGCUGUCGACUCCACUCACUGCAAAGCCAAGCACAGCUUUGCUCAACACAGAGAAGUUAGUGGUUCCCCUCCUCCUGGUGCUUCUGCAUCAGCAGAUGAGACUGGGAAGGAGUUACCACUGCAAUGGUCCCAGUUACAAGCAGGGCUGGUGGCUGUCAGCUCCUGUUGCAGGCCAAGGGACUCUGGAUGCUGGAGUAGGUUCACUUCCACUUCUUUAAAUACAAAGCUUUAGAGCUGCCAUUGCCUGACCCUCCUCUGAAGCUCCUUUGCAUGAUGCUUUAGCUCCCUGAUGGCUGUCCUGGGUAACAGCAUGCUGAAAACCAAAUGUAGUUAUAGUUAUACUCUUAUUUAUGUCUGAUAAAGAGCAUGUUUCACAGCCUAGACUUGGAGGCUAUUCCCAUCUUCUUAAGGGAUAUCAGGUUAAUACUUAAGGCAGUGACUGAUAUGAUCCCAUUAGCAUUGAAGUUGCUAUGCACUGAGAGACACUGCAAACCAUGACAAGAUGAUUGGGAGGAAUCCAUCACAAUCCAAGUGCCAGUUAACUCAAACCCAGCAAGGAGCAACAACUGCAU